UUGACUGAAAUGUCAGUUGACCAAAAUACUCAAAGACAAUCAACUUAAAUUGUGAUUAAUUUUAUAUUUUUUAUUACCAAUUUGAAUAACAUAUCAUCAAUUUAAAGAGUUGUUGAUAUAAUUUUCGUAAUGCCAUUGAAAAUUGAGACCAGAACUAUUGAGGAAACUUUGGCUCCUUUGGUUCUUGAGGUUACCACUUUGGUUAAUAAUCAGGAGAAAAGGAAAGGUGGCCGAUCUAAAAGACCUCAAGUGCUUGUUGCUACCGUUGAAAAGUCAAUUGAAAAUUUCAUCACCAUUGGUGAAGAAAUUGCCAGAGAAAAUGAAGAUAUUCAAAAAGAAAUGAGUAUUUGUAUUGAUAAAGUAAGGGAAGCGGGUAAGAAUAUGAGUGAAGCCUCUCGAGAAUUUGCCGAUGAUCCAUUUUCUUCAGUUAAAAGGAGCAAAAUGGUUCAAAAUUCAAGGAAUUUACUCUAUCGUGUUGCUGAGUUAAUCAUCUUAGCCGAUGGUGUUGACGUGACAAACCUCCUUCGGUCUUUGGAAGCAGUUGAGAGUGAUCUCAAUAACGUAGCAAAUUCAAAUAGUCAUGAUGAACUGAUUGAACAUUUCAAUAAGUUUGGUGUGAAUGCAAAUAAUUUAUUCUAUCAUGCAGCUAAACGACAAAAUGAACUUAAAGAUUCUAAAGCGCGAGAUGAUCUUGGUGCUGCUCGAGCUGUUCUCAAGAAAAACAGUAUGAUGCUUUUAACCGCAUCUAAAGUGUUUGUCCGUCAUCCUGAAUUAUCAUCAGCCAAAGAGAAUCGUGACUUCAUCUUUAGACAAGUUUGUGAAGCUGUUAACACUGUCAGAGAUGUUGCUAAGGGUAACAAACCAAAAAACAUGACAGAUUCAUAUGAUAUUCCUGGAGAAAUGGCAACCGCAUUGGAUGAUUUUGAUGAAAGAUUCAUCAUGGAACCAUUGACUUACAAUGAAUCAACCACUCGACCCGAUUUAGAGAGACAAUUGGAAAGUAUCAUCAGUGGAGCAGCCUUAAUGGCAGAUUCAUCUUGUACUCGUGAUAUAAGAAGAGAGAGAAUCGUCGCCGAGUGUAAUGCUGUUCGUCAAGCUCUUCAAGAUCUUCUUUCCGAAUAUCUUGCCAAUGUUGGUUCUCAUGAGCCAUCCGAUAAUUUGGAAAGAGCUGUUGAACAUAUGACACAAAAGACAAAAGAUUUAAGGAGACAAUUGAGAAAAUCGGUCAUUGAUCAUGUUUCAGAUUCAUUCAUGGAGACCAAUGUUCCGCUUCUUGUUUUAGAUGAGGCUGCUCGUCGUGGAGAUGAAGUUGAAGUUGAAAGAUAUCAAGCCAUGUUUGAGGAACAUGCAAACAAAUUGGUUGAAGUCGCAAAUCUUGCCUGUAGUAUGUCCAAUAACGAGGAAGGUGUUAGAAUGGUCAGAUACGCAGCCUUACAGAUAAAAAAUCUUUGCCCGCAGGUCAUAAAUGCAGCUAAGAUUCUUGCAGCUCGACCCAAAUCAAAAGUAGCCAUUGAAAAUAUGGACGCUUUUAAAAAUCUUUGGGAAACACAGGUUAGAAUCUUAACCGAAGCCGUUGAUGACAUUACAACGAUCGAUGACUUUUUAGCAGUUUCUGAAAGUCAUAUUCUCGAAGAUGUUAAAGAAUGUGUUUCUGCACUUGGGGAACAUGAUGGUGACAAUCUUGACCGAAUGGCUGGAGCUAUCAGAGGACGUGCUGCUCGUGUUUGUAAUGUUGUUACAGCAGAAAUGGACAAUUAUGAGCCUAAUGAAUACACCGAACGGGUUUUGGCAGCAGUUAAUGAACUAAGAAAUACAAUUAUGCCUUCGUUUGCUGGUAAAGUGGAAAAGGCUGUUGAACUUUUAAGUAACAAUCAAUUGAAAGACUUGGACGACAAUCAGUUUAUUGAUGCAUCUCGGAUGGUUUAUGAUGGAGUGAGAGAGAUCAGAAGAGCCGUUCUUAUUGACCGAUCUCCUGAAGAUAUUGAUUCGGAAACUGACAUGGAUUAUGAAGAUAACAUUUAUGAAACUCGAAGUAAAUCAAGUGUUAUAACCGAUUUUGAUGAAUUUCCCGAUGUUGCUGAAAUAAGUAACACCAGAGAAGCUUAUAGAAUGAUUUCCGAAGAGGAGAAGCAAAAAAUUGCAGCUCAAUUCGAAACAUUUAGAACUGAAAAGGUUCGAUUCGAUCGAGAGGUUGCUAAAUGGGACGAAAAGGGUAACGAUAUCAUUGUGAUCGCCAAGAAGAUGUGUUACAUUAUGAUCGAAAUGACGGAAUUCACUCGAGGUAAAGGACCAUUGAAAACAACCAUGGAUGUGAUCGGUAAAGCGAAAGAAAUCUCUGAACUUGGGACAACCUUGGACAAAUUUGCUGGACUAAUUGCUGGACAAUGUCCAGAAUCAGAUACCAAGAAAGAUUUGUUAGCAUAUCUCAAAAGGAUUGAAUUAUAUUGUCAACAAUUAAACAUCACAUCAAAAGUAAAAGCUGAUGUUCAAAAUAUAUCAGGAAAUCUAAUUGUUUCUGGAUUGGAUUCAGCUACAUCUCUCAUCCAGGCAGCUAAAAAUCUGAUGAAUGCUGUGGUACUAACAGUUAAAGCCUCUUAUGUUGCCUCAACCAAGUAUCCACGAGGAGGAAUUAUCAGUUCACCGAUUGUUGUUUGGAAGAUGAGAGCACCGGAAAAGAAACCCUUGGUUCGAAGAGAAAAGCCCGAAGAGGUCAAAGCUGUAGUUCGAAAAGGUUCAACAAAGCGAAACGAUUCACCUCUUAAAGCAUUGAGUCAAUUCCAAACCGAUGGAUUAUAAUCAAAAUGAACUAUUCCCAAUUCAGUAUUUAUACGAUUUCCAUGAUAAAUAUAUUUAUUAUCGCGUGAUUAUCUGCAAUCAUCAUCAUCUUCACCAACUCAUCAUCAUCAUCAUUCCUGGAUUCAAUUUCCUCUCUCAAUCUUAAUUCUUGAUAACAAUCAAAAGCAAUUACUAAUUUUUACGAUUAUGCGCUUUUCUAAUUGUUCUAAUCAUCUUUAUACUAAUUUUCGCAAUCUCGAUAAUUAAUUUUAAUUCACUUUUAUACCUCUAAUUGUAUUGAACUUUUUUCUCCUCCUAUUUUUAUAUACAUUUCAAAUAUUUGAUAUCUUUUUUUUUCUUGUUUGAUAGUAUUUCCAAUCUAAUAUUUGUAUUAAUAUUUAUUAUUAUUAAGCUCUUUUUCUUAUUAUGAUUUAAUCAUCAUUUAUACUCUUGAUUGUUGCAAUCAAUCAAAAUGAUUAAUUAAUCAUCAUAAUACUAAUCAUAUCCUUCAUUUGAAUCUGAUAACAAUUACUACCUGAUCUUGAUCAACAAUCAACUUGGUCAAACAAUUAACUAUGAAAAGUAACAAAUGCUUAAUAUGUUACUGUUGUUGAACAACAAUUAAAAUUAAUUCAGUUUACAA